CCUGGCCGCUGUCACGCUGGUAUAAAUCCACCUCUGGUGAAUUUAGUCAGCCCUUUUUUUUCCAGCCGUCUCUCCCACCACGCCAAGCCCUCCUCAAGUCCAGGCUACACAAGCAGUAGCUUCGACUUCUCUCUUCUCCAGUUAUGGCAGACCAGGCUUUUGUGACGUUGGCGACCAAUGACAGCUACGCUCGGGGAGCCAUGGUUCUGGGCAAGUCCCUCCGCAACCACAAUACAUCCAAGAAGCUGGUGGCACUCAUCGGUCCACAUGUGUCAGAGGCUUGCCAGUCUGUGCUGAAGAGGAUUUUCGACGAGGUGAGGGUGGUGGACGUGCUGGACAGCGGUGACACGGCGCACCUGGCCUUGAUGAAGAGGCCCGACCUGGGCGUCACCUUCACCAAACUCCACUGCUGGACUCUCACGCAUUACUCCAAAUGUGUUUUCAUGGACGCAGACACACUGGUGCUUUCAAAUAUAGAUGAGCUGUUUGACAGAGAGGAGUUGUCAGCUGCUCCCGACCCCGGCUGGCCUGACUGCUUCAACUCUGGUGUGUUUGUUUUCUGUCCUUCUAUGGAGACUUACGGCAAACUGCUUCAGUUUUGUACAGAACACGGCAGCUUUGACGGAGGAGACCAAGGUGUUUUGAAUGGUUACUUCAACACUUGGGCGACAGCUGAUAUAUCAAAACACCUCCCCUUCAUCUACAACCUCAGCAGCAUAGCCAUCUACACUUACCUUCCAGCAUUCAAGCAAUAUGGUGGCAAUGCCAAGGUGGUCCAUUUCCUAGGGAAGACCAAGCCAUGGAGUUACACAUUCGACCCCAAAGCCAAACAGAUCGCAGGGAGUGUGCAUGAAGCCACCUCACAUCCGACCUUCCUCCUGGACUGGUGGACCCUGUACUCAAGCUCUGUGGUGCCCAUGCUUCAGGAGCAAUAUGGAGAUCAGCCUUUCCAGUCCGGAUGUGUGGAGAGUCUUCCCUUUCAUCUCCUAAAGAUCCAGCACAGUGAGGUAGUCACUUGUGAGGGUCAACAGUUUGAGAGCCAGUCUUCAUAUGCACAAGCACUUGAACCCCAGCUGUCCUCAGAAGAACGGAAGCAGAAAUGGGAGCAAGGUCAGGCAGACUACAUGGGAAUGGACUCAUUUGACAACAUCAAGAGAAAGCUUGACAGUUUCCUUAAAUAGAGAAGCGAUGCAGCCGGAUAUCGACAGAGUACUUGCAGUUUAACAAAACCAUCACCACGCGUCUCUCAAGAAGAUACUGUAAAACAGGUUUUCCUUCGUACCUGUUUCUCAACUAGAAAUGAGUUGAGUCUCUCCUUCCACCAGCACUACCCUCGCCAUACUCCAAAGACGGCGCCGUUUAAAUGGGAAAUAAAAAGUUAAAUAUCAAACGGCGUUAAUUGUCUAUGCAAGACUGUCAUUAUUCAGUGACCCGCCACGGGUGUCUGAUCUGUUACACUGUGAAGAAAAAUCAAAAGAUUUAUCAUACGAUUAAAUUUUUUUGCAAUACAUUUUUUAAAUUUUUUUUUUUUUUUUGCAGAUUUUUUUUUUUUUUUUUCAUGUCAGUGCUCUUCUUGUAAAAAGGGAGGUGGCAACAAGAGUUGAACUGGCAUUUUGUAUCUGUGUCUCAGAUUAGCAGUCACUUACAUAAACAUUCUCUCCUUUUUUUUCUUUUUUACAAUGCAGUCACUUAGUAAUCUUCUGAGCAUUAAUGUUCUUUUCUCAGAAGUGUUUUGCUCUUGAAUUAAAACAGUCUCAUAGAUAUAUAUUUAAAAAAAAAAACAUGUUUACAGCACUUCUAAAGGCCAUGGUAUGGUCAGUUAGCCAUACAUAUAUACUAGAUCCUUCGUGCCUUAGUGUCUUGCUCUCUCUAUUGCCAUCAUCCUAUCUGUACUUGACUAGCAGCUUUUUCUGUAGGUGAUGAGAUUUUUUUCCUUGUGUUUUACUUGACCAGCAUGUUGACUGUACCACAAAAUCUUUCAUCUGGUAUAAUAAAACCAUCUUCAAAGUUUUGGAUUUA